AUGUACUGCAUAUACAUGGACUACCAGGCUACCACGCCAGUGGACCCGCGCGUGGCGCAGCUGAUGCACGAAGUGAGCCUGCGCGAGUUCGGAAACUACCACUCGCGCACGCAUUCGUACGGCUGGCGCGCGGAAAAGCUGGUGGAGGACGCGCGAGCGCAGAUCGCGCAGCUGGUAAACGCCAAACCGUCGGAGAUCGUUUUUACGAGCGGCGCGACGGAGAGCAAUAACUUGGCGCUCAAGGGCUUCGGCAUCGGCGCGCUGUACGUGCGCGCGAAACCGCGUGUGCGGCUCGUGCCGCAGAUGCACGGCGGCGACCAGGAGCGCGGAAUGCUCAGUGGCACGUUGCCGGUGCCGCUGUGCGUGGGCUUCGGCGAAGCGUGCCGCCUGUCCCGCGAAGAGUUCGCGCGCGACGUGGCGCACGUGCGCCGGCUAUCGGAGCGCUUCGUGCGAAACAUCACGAGUCGACUGCCGGCGGUGCGCUUGAACGGCGGUGAGGCGAACCGCUACCCGGGUAGCUGCAACCUGGCAUUUGCGGGAGUUGAGGGCGAGAGCUUGAUCAUGGCCAUGAAGGAGAUCGCGGUGAGCAGCGGAUCCGCGUGCACGAGCGCAAGUCUCGAGCCCUCGUACGUGCUGCGCGCGCUGGGCGUCGACGAGGAGCUCGCGCACACCAGCAUCCGCUUUUCUUUCGGCCGCUUCACGACGCUCGCGGAAGUCGACCGCACGGCGGACCUGGUGGUCGAGGCGGUCUCGAAGCUGCGCUCGAUCAGUCCGCUGUGGGACGCGCACUUGAGCAACAGCAAGCCGCAGACGGUCUGGAAAUAG